AUGGGCGCGCUUUCGGGAAGCGGAGGGCUGGGAGGCAAGCUGGGGAGGCUGCUGUCCUUGGGAGGCAAGACGAACGGCUGGGAGACGAGCGGCGUGCUCAUGUUGUACGCCUGGAUGGGAGGGAUGCUCGUCUACUUGAGCUACGGCGACCAAGAGGGUAUUCUAGAGAAGCAGCUCGACCAGACGUUGCAGGCUGAUCCGGGCGCUUUCUGCGGCAGAGCCAUGGCGAAGUUCGCGGACCAGCACCUGGGCGACCACGAGUGGUACCGCAAACUCAAAGACCACGUAGCAAGCCACUACUCCUCCGGCCCGUUCAAGGCCGACCCGAGGGGCCGCUCCGACGCGAAUUAG